UCGCUCCCAAACUACACAACCAAUUCAAUUAGCUCGAUCUGGCUAAUUGAAUCUAUUUUCGACGUACUUUUAUAUAUAGUAUAACCAUAGCGUUGCAAUGGCUCGAUUUGAAGAGAAAAAGUUUAUGUUCAUGAUUUUUCUCAUGAUGGUGAUUGCUAUAGGAGAGGCAACUCCACCAGGGAUAGCUAAAAAUCCAAGCAAUGCAAGGUGUAUGAUAAAAAAAUAUAAGCAUUGUUAUAAUUUGGAGCAUGUUUGCCCUAAAUUUUGCCCCGAUAGUUGUACGGUUGAAUGUGUUUCUUGUAAACCUAUUUGCGGUGGCGAUUCGCCUCCUCCUCCUGACAACUCUGAUCCUUCACCACCAGAGGUCGAGACGCCUCCAACUCCAACUCCGCCAGCCCCUACACCAUCGCCACCACCACCAACACCGUCUAUACCAUCGCCAUCGCCACCAACGCCCACGCCGUCCCCUCCUACACCAUCCACGCCAUCUCCAUCGCCACCAACACCGUCUACACCAUCGCCACCACCACCAACACCGUCUAUACCAUCUCCAUCGCCACCAACACCCACGCCGUCCACUCCUACACCAUCCCCGCCAUCCCCAUCGCCACCAACACCGUCUACCCCAUCGCCGCCACCACCACAACCCACGCCCCCUACUCCUACACCCUCUACGCCCUCGCCUUAUUCUCCAUGGAAUCCUUCCCCGACUGCCAGGUGUAAAGACAAGGACUACACUCAAUGUUAUGAUAUUAUACACGUCUGCCCUGAUAGUUGUAAUGGACGUGGAUGUGAGGUUAAUUGUGCCACUUGCAAGCCAAUGUGCAAUUGUUACCAACCCGGAGCAGUUUGUGAAGAUCCACGAUUCAUCGGCGGAGACGGCAUUACCUUUUACUUCCACGGCAAGAAAGACAACGACUUUUGCCUUGUUUCCGACUCAAACCUCCACAUCAACGCCCGUUUUAUCGGAAAAACAAACGAAAAUAUGACACGAGACUUCACUUGGGUGCAAUCCAUCGCUAUCCUCUUCGGCAAGCAUCAAAUAUUCCUCGGUGCACUCAAAACCUCAACAUGGGACGACUCAGUUGACCGACUCGCCCUCUCCUUUGACGGGGAACCCUUGACACUCCCCGAAAACGAAGGCACCACGUGGCAAUCAUCGAUUGCCCCACGUGUAUCCAUCACUAGAUCAACCAACACAAACAAUGUCAUAAUUGAAGUUGAAAAACACUUCAAGAUUACAGCUAAAGUCGUCCCGAUAACGGAACAAGAUUCAAGAAUUCAUAACUAUGGAAUUACGAAUGAUGAUUGUUUUGCUCAUCUUGAUCUUGGAUUUAAAUUCUAUUCUUUAAGUGAUCAAGUCAAUGGUGUGUUGGGUCAAACCUACGGACCGAGUUAUGUCAGCCGAGUUAAAAUUGGUGCUAAAAUGCCUGUAAUGGGAGGGAACAAAGAAUUUCGAACGUCAAGUUUAUUUGCACCGGACUGUGAAGUAGCUCGAUUCGAUAAUCGACAUGGCUAUGGAGGUGAAGGUUUUGUGCAGGGAAUUGAGUUGCCAGGACUGAGUUGUGCGAGUGGGAUUGAUGGAGGAUCACAGGGAGUUGUAUGCAAGAGAUAGGCAUAUAAAUUUACCGAGUCAAUUAACAAUAAGAUAUUUAAUUUAUGUAUGAAUAAUAAAGCAUUGGAGUUGUAAAAUAAAAGAAAUACAGGCUCUAAUGUUGUAAGUUUGUAAUUUUAAUUGUUUGGCUUCGUCACUUUGUAUUAUUUGAAUGGAAAUUCUUAUAUGUAUAAAAUUUUCAUUAUUGUAAUGUAUAAAAAAUAAAGGUGCAAGGGUUCGAAAA